GCGAAGAAUUCCGAUACACUUCCUGCAAAACGUAAACAGUUGCGCAAAAUCAAAACAAAGGACGAACGUAGAUGGAAUAAGACAUAAUUUGGGACAAUAUGCCGUUUUUAGGACGUGAUUGGAGAUCGAACGGGGACGAGUGGGUGAAGACACACAAUGGAUGGGAAAAACUGAAGUUAUGGAGAAUCAAGGUGUUCGAAAGUUUGAACGAAAACAUCCUGGCAAGGUUGAUACGACUGGCCAUGACAGAGUUUCACACAAGAGACAAUGACUGGUGCAAACACCAUCAGCCUUACAUACACUACGUCAAGGCCACAUCAAGGGAGAGGAAGAUCCUUACGAGUCUUAGUGAAGCAUUCGUCCAUCUGGACAUGUCCGGAGCCGUCAAGGACAUCAGAAGGUUUAACUACGUAUGCAAGGUACUACAGAUACUGCUGUGUGGAAAGCUUACAAGCAUGAGUGGUACGUCACAGAAACGCAUCAUCAACAUACUGGACGAAAUGGUCAACCAGGUGCUGAAAACGAAGACGAACGUGGCCAGCACGCGCGACCUUGUCAACAGCACGAUAUGCACGCUACACGAGGGCCAGUACAGUCACAUAGGAAGCGAGAGUUUGUGGCACAGACACCUACAGGGCGUACACAAAAUGCUCGCAAAACUCGACAGAUACAAGGUCGAACCUAGAGCAGACGACGGUAUGGCAAUGUUCCAGGACCUGCCUCAGGACUGUGUACGGUGUAUCCUCGAGCGUCUCUCAGAUCACAAGGACGUCCUUCACAUAGCCAUGACGUCAUCAUCCAACCUCAUCAUCGCCGAGGAAAAUUCUCUCUGGAAACAGCUCUGCUUCUUCCACUUCACCGACCGUCAGCUCAUUACUUUCGUCCCCAAGGAGCUGGAGACAGGACAGAGGUGUAUCGACUGGAAGUACAUCUACAAACGCAGUGUCAAGCGGUUUGGGAAGAAAGAUGUAUAUGCAGAUACCCUGGCUAUAUGCCAUCACUGUGAUACUCUGUUCUGGCAGUCCAUUGGUCAUCCCUGUAUCAGUGACCAGGAGGCUAAGUCCCGCCCACUCUCACCAGAGGCUUUCCUGAACCUUUUCUCAAUCUAAACCCGUCAGACACACUACUGUUAAACGUUAAAAGAUUCACGUAAAUGACAGUUUUUACAGUUUAGCUGAUCAUCAUGUUUAAUAUAUUGUCCGUUGUUUGAUAUGUUAAUCACUUAAACAAUGCACUGUUAUUAUUUGUUGUUCAGUAGCGUGAUCUAUUUGAGAUACUGUAGAACGCUUUAAUUUUGCGGGAUUAAACUUUCGUGGUUUCUUUUCUGGAACAAAUUCGCUGGGACGUAUUUUAGGUCAACAACGUUACCAGUUAAUAACUUUAUAUCGGCGUGUAUAUUUUGCACGACGCAAACAUAUCGAAAAUACAAUUUCUGUGAAAUGCAAGAGCUAUUCGGUGUACAAAUAUUCAAAACUGUCGAGCGUUAUACAGUAUUAAAAUACUCAAAACUUAUCGCGCUUUAUUCUAAGACAAAUUGAAAUGCAAUUCCAGUUUUCUAUUUGUUGAAAUGUUAUUGAGACUGCUCUUUAUUAAAGUAAACGAAAUAGAAAAUGGAAAGAACCUAGAUAUGACUGACAGUUAGGUACGAAGUAAUACAACUUCUUAUACUUUAUCAGUUAAAGAAUAUAUUAAAUUGAUUUUUUAUAAUAUCGGUUUUUUUUUUAUACAAUUUUAAGUCGCUUGAAGCACAGUCAUAUAUAUAUAUACAUACUGUGAGUAACAGUGAAAACACAUUGAUAAAGUUAUCCGUGUCUUAAAAGAUAGGUUGUCUGUUGACAGAAUGCUAUUAUAACAUUCUAGAAUGUCAAAAUCGGUAGUUACAGUCAGGUUGUAACUAUAUUUUUUGCUGUAUAUGUUAUAUUAAACUCCGAAUUGUUAAGAUCACUGCAUCCAUCCUCCCACCUAGAAACGACAUCUAUAACGCAAAGUAAACAACGUCUCCAUCUUCCCACCUAGAAACGACAACUACAACGCAAAGUAAACAACGUAACGUCACAAGUGUUGCUGUAUAUGUUUGUUUUCGUUUUUGAGUUGUGCUCAAUAUUUUGAUGACAUUGUACAAGUUCCUUCUUGAUAACAUGCUCUUAUGAAAAAUAAGUCACAAUAGUUCGGAAGAUACGGGAAAUAAAUUUAGGAAAUAAAGAAGCUUUAUCCAAUGCCUUUAUUUAUUUAAGCUCUUCAGGACAUUUGAGGAUUAAGAUAAUACCGAUGUAUUACAUAUACUGAUAAUACCUGUAUUUAUUGAUAUAUCUGUUAUGCUUCUAGUAUGUGAUACAUUGUACAUAUCCCAUUGUUUUUGUAAAGUAAUUGUUUUAUACCUUGAUCGUACAUAUCCCAAUGUUUUUAUAAAGUCAUUGUUUCAUACCUUGUGCUAUUGUACGACAUUUCAUUUGGUUACUUGGCUAACUAUUUAUAAUUCUGACCAGGAGUCAGCUUUAGUAGAAACAUGCGUUUGUAUUAAGUUCAUUUGUAAACGUAAAACUGAUCCAGACCGUUCUUUAACUCACUCACCCAUGAAAACACAUUUGAACUCUUCCAAUUCAAAGGUUGGAAUAGUUCAUUAUAAAACUUCAGGAGUGAAUGAGUUAACAAACUUUUAAAAUAAAAUCGUGUUCAUCAGAUAGUGUCGUGGAAGAUUUGACCUGUACGUGGUAUGCAUUUACUGAUUAUUGCCGACAGCUGAUGUAUUUAAACAAUUGGUACAGAAUCCGUUCUUUUGUAUUCAUAAUGAUUUUAGCUAUGAGUAAUGUUUGUAGCAUUCCAUAUUUCGUUUAUACUUUGCAAUUUCAAUGCAGAUCACAUUUUUAAUAUGUGUGUUUGUUUGAAGUAGUAUUUAGAAUGUUUAUUCAUUUAUUCGUAUUUUAUUUAUCUAUGAAACCCUCUUUAAACCUGUUUAAUUUUACAAGACCGCACUUACAGAAAUGUCAUAUGAGAAACUUGCUAUUUUUUAAAGACAUUCUUCGAAAAUCAUUACUAUGACAAUCAAAGAUGUUCUACCAUCUAUAAAAUUCUCUUAAAAUUGAUUUUUAUGGAGACAUAUUUGAAACAAAAAUUAUUAUUAUAACACAGACUGGAUGCAACUUACUUUAUAGUUUAAUGAUUCAAAUCGAGGUGUUCAUUAUACAUGCAGAAGUGUAUGACAAAGAACAAUUGUUUUUUUGUUAUGAUUUACAUGGAAAGCAAUCUCAGUAUUUAAAAAUUCAAUCAAUGUAUUCAUUUAAGCAUGCAAUAUCACAAUUUAUGCUCAAUGUUUUGUAAAUGUGCCGAGACAGCUAUACAUAUUUUGAUGUUAGCUCCCAUGAAUGUGAUGUUGUGUAAAAAUAGAUUUUCAUUUCAUUAUAGGGAAUCGGUAUCAGGUUUAUUGUUCUGCAUGAGAUGUUGUCAGUAUAUCGUGUGAUAAAAUAUAUACAUAUAUAUGUUCGUUUAAUCAUAUUUAACUUUCACACCUUUCUGUAGAUAUACAAUAGUGUGUGUUAUUAUUUAUUAUGCUCAUCUGUACUAUGUUUAAGCCACGGGACGGAAGUGAAAGGGUCGUAAUAAUCAAUGCAUUUCAAUGUUUACGUCAUAAAAAGUUAUUUUUUUCCUGAUAUUGAUCUUACUGUAUUUGGUUUGAAUCUCAACAUUUUUGAUAUUGAAUUUAUUAUCGAUUAAAUACAAUAAUUGCUACUGUAAAACACUUUAUUUUCGUAAAUAUUCAUUUAAGCGAGCUUGUUUCAUAGAACGCCUUUGCGGGAAUUUGAAAUCAAUUCUUUGACAAAAAUCUGAUAAAUGAUAUCCGCGAAAUAUUCCAAUCGAUGAUCGAGUCGCUUUGCAAGUUAACGUAAACAUUAAUGACUUUGGAAAAUAUUUGUUUUACGGUAAUGUUUUUAUAAAAUGCUAUGACCAUGAACUUCUGACAGUUUUUGUUGUGGAAACAGUGUGACAAAAAAACAUGUGUUACUUUGUUGACGUAUAACGAAUUAAUUGAUAUGAGAGCAGGAAUGAAAUUUUAUAUCUACUGUUUGAAAGAAAUGCAAUUUAUUCAUGUUAUGAUUCCGCGCAGAUUGAUGUAUAAGUUAUUUUUUUCGUUGGAUUACUGGAGAGGAAGUUUUUAAUAUCUGAUGUCGAUAUUCAUUGGUUGUUGGUAUACAAAACGUUAUUAUCUAUAGAAAAUAAGCAUACUGGUACAGUAUGACUCGUUAAUGAGCAUCGAUAUUUCAUAGAUUGUUUGUGAGAUAUGACUUGCGUUGAUAUUGAAAGAUGAUUUGUUACUGAAUUGUUAGUAAAUAUUUAUCUUAUUAAUGUUGCUGCGAUAGAUGAAUGUACCCACUUUGGUACUAGUACACCAUUAUGUUCCUAUUGUAAGGGAGAACAUUGCUUUGUGAACCUGUGUCAUAUGUUGUCAUGAUAAUGUUGUUUAAAAAUGUUCAAGUUUUAGUUUAUUAUGUAUGUAACAGCAUGUUACUUCAUUAAAGGAAGUAUGGUAUUAUUAUGUAGAUGAAUGUCAAGUAAAAUGCGAUGUCUUCAUGAAGAUAAAGAUAUGUUAAUGGUGUUUAAGAGUUUCUAGUAAAAUGAAUAAUAUACCAAACAGAUAUCACAUAAAACACAAUGAAAUAAAAUUGGGAAAGGGUCGCUUUUAAGAUAUGUGCUUCUCAAAACGCUUUACCUGCGAUCUGUUAGGAUUAGCUCCUUUUAAAAUCUUUUUAUUAGCAUCAUUUUACACAGUCCAAAUUUUCAUAUACAAGUAUGUUUUAUAGAAUCUUAAUUUAGUAACCUAUUCGAGAGAAGAUGCAUAUAUUUCAGUGAGGAAUCAUUUAUCUUUAGUGAUGUUUUGUUACACUGUAGAAUCUGUAGUAAGCUAUACUUUGUAUUUGGUAGUAUUUUGAAAAUAAUGUGUUAUAAAACCAUCGCAAGCAAUCAUUUACAUGACAUAGAUGUUUUUAUGGUUUAAAUGUUUAGCAAUGUUAAAUAUAUCAGAUGAAUUUGAAUUUGCAAUCAGAAACUAAAUAUAACUGCCAAUGUUGAUCAACUAUUCACGUUUGGAAAUUAUUGAAUACUUUGAGAUGGAAACUGUUUCACUUUUUUUUGAGUAAAUGAAACGUGAUGGUUCUUAUUCAUCUUAGAUUGCAUUCUAGUCAUUUCAUGAAUGUGGGUGUUUAGGGAUAAAGAAAGGAAUGUGGGAAGAAAUGGACAACCAGAGUGUAAGAAUUAUUUAUUUGUUUGAUUUGAUUCAUACAUUGUAAAUGUUAAUUAAAAAAUUGUUUUUAAUUGGUAA